AUGAUUGAGGGAUUAACUACAGAGGAGACCCGCACGCUGACGCUUAUCAAUGUCGUCGCCUCCGCGUUCUCCUUCCUCGGCUCGGGAUUCAUCGUCCUCUGCUACCUGGGCUUUAAAGACCUCCGGAAAUUCUCCUUCAAGCUCAUCUUCUAUCUCUCUUUCUCGGACAUGCUCUGCAGCCUCUUCAACCUGCUCGGCAACCCGGGCGAGGGCGCGCUGUGCUACAUGCAGGGCUACGCGACGCAGUUCUUCUGGGUGGCGUCCUUUCUCUGGACCACCACCAUAGCAUACACGCUCCACCGCACCGUCGUGAGGCACAAGGCGGACGUGGAGGGCCUGGGGCCCUACUUCCAUGUGUAUGUGUGGGGCACUGCCGCGCUCAUGACGCUCAUUCCGUCCCUGGGCAGCGACUAUGGCCCUGCAGGGGCCUGGUGCUGGGUUCAGAACGAGACGGUCAUGGGAAAGGUGCUGCGCUUCCUGACCUUCUACGUGCCUCUGUGGUCUGCCAUUCUCUUCAAUGGCGUCAUUUACUUCCAAGUCAUCCGCAUGUUAUCCAAUGCCACACGGAUGGCAGCUAACAUGGCAGACAGGCAGAAGAUGGAAGGUCCAGCAAGCUCCAAAGUCUCAAGUGCCAUGAAUCGGUGGGGGUAUUACCCUCUGAUCCUCAUCGGGUCGUGGACGUGCGGCACGAUCAACAAAAUCCACAACCUCUUGGAGCCCCACCGCCCUCUCUUCAUCCUCUACUGCCUGCACAUUGGCACUGCCGCUCUCAUGGGCCUCUUCAACUCCAUAGCAUAUGGCUUCAAUGCAGCUGUGCGGCGCACGCUGCGGGAGAAACUCAUGCAAUGUGCAUUGAUGCAUGCAGUUUGGCAUGGUUUGCACAACGGAGUUGCUGUUCCUGCCGCCAUAGCGAUGGAGCUGCUGUUUCCUCCGUCCAAGCAAUGGAGCUGCCGUUCCCGCCAUCACACGAGGGUUACAGGACUGGGCUUGACCCUCUGUGCAUUGGUGAGUGUGGUGUGGCAUGAUGUGGACCGUUUGUGGGUUUCAGGAGCGUCACUGUGUGUUUCAGGAGCGUCACAGGCAGCAACACCGACGGGGCAGCGAGGAGGGCAACGACUGCAGCAACCGAGUAGCCUGGAGCACGGGCAGCAGCAGGGUGGUGGUGCUGCUUGGGAAAAGGCGUGGUGGCUUCCAUCAGCAGAGUCUCGUGGUGCGACUGGCGCUGCUCUGCCUCGACAGAUGUUAGCGCGCACACGAGGAGAGCGCACUGAGAGUGGCCUGCCUGUGCGUGAUGCAGCUGGGCGUUGGCAUGCCCAUUGGUUGGCACAACAAGCUGCUUCCUCGUUUGAUGCAAGAGCACUCAAGGGGGCAGUGGCUGCAGCAAUUGCAGGAUCAUAA